AUGUUGCUGUUAUACUUUACGACAAGGAUCAUAAGCGGAACCGCAGCGUUUCUCUACCCGGGCUAUGCCUCGUACAAGACCCUCUCCCAACGACCUGCCUCUGAGGAGGAACUUGAACGAUGGUUGAUGUACUGGAGCGUUCUUGGGUGUAUUGUGGCUGUUGAGUAUAUGGCGGAAUGGCUGGUAUCCUGGUACGUGGUCUCGAAGGAUGUUAUGCAAUUGCCACACCCUGAGCGAUGGCCGGUGGCCUUCGACAGGCUGCCGUUGUACUACCCCAUCAAAACCGUGUUCCUGCUAUACCUCUCCCUUCCACAGACUGCAGGUGCUGCCUAUCUCUACCGACAGCACUUGCGUCCCUUCUUCGCAUCGCACGAGAGGGAGAUCGAUUCCGCCCUCGCCAAGUUCAAAGCAUAUAUCUAUGCGUCUCUCCAGCGCAUGCUUCGCGCUGCAUGGGCUCACGUCACAUCCAAUCUCGGUCAAUCCAACGUGUCCAUUGGGGCAGAAGCACCGAUCGCAGAAAAUGCAGCCGCGAACGCGGGUGCCCCGCCUACUCUGGGUGACCCGAUGUCUGGACCUGCGCAGCUCAUGCGCGGCCUGUGGGCCAACUACGGGCCUGGUAUCAUUGCCUCGGGCACGAUCUUCCUGACUCAAGCGCAGACCUCAGCCGCUCGUGCGCAGAAGCGUGCGGAGCGCACUGAGCUGUCGGAGCCGCAGCCGUAUGACGUUGGAGACGACGAUGUGGAUGUGGGCACCAGUGCUGCUAAGGCAUCAUCAAGCGUGCCGAUGCCUUCGGCAAGUUCGUCGUCGCGCAGGUCGUCCGAGUCGUCCUCAAUUCGCCAGCGUUCUGGCAGUGGGACUGGCAAGUCGACAUUCGAGGAGGUGGAGAUCCCAAGCGAUAUGGAGGGCGAGGGACACCCGGUAGUGCCAUCCCAGACUAAGCGAACCAGCUGGUUUAGCUGGGGAUCAUCUUAUGUGGAGAGAGGCUACGAGAACGUGAAGACUGAUUGA